UUCCCUGUGAACGAGAUGGCAGAGUACGAGGCCGAAGGGGAACUCCCUCGGAGGCGUCUUGGCGUCAAGGAACAGCAAAAUGGAGAUCGGACUGAUUUGGAUGUGUCUGUGGAUGAGAGGAAACAGAGGGAUGGGGAGGAGCGUGAAACCCUGGUGUUAUGGAAGAAACCUCUGGUCACACUCCACUACUUCACCCUGGAGCUGCUCUUCACCUUAAAAGAGUGGCUAUCGAGGCUCUGGCAGUAAAGACAGACAGUGUUUGGCCUGCUGAUCCUGCUUAUCCUCCUCCUCAUUGCCUACUGUAUUGAAGGAACACACCAGAAGUAUGUGCGCUACAUGGAGAAGAGGACGCUGUGGUGCGCCUACUGGGUCGGCCUGGGCAUCCUCUCCUCGGUGGGUCUUGGCACCGGCCUGCACACCUUCCUUCUUUACCUGGGACCACACAUAGCAUCGGUGACCUUGGCAGCCUAUGAAUGUGGCUCGGUGGAUUUUCCUGAACCACCCUAUCCGGACCAAAUAAUCUGCCCCCAGCAGAACGCACCAGCAGCGGGCUCUGAUGCCGAGCGGGUGGGCGUGGAGGCCAUGGGGGCGGAGCAGUCAGCUGCCAUCCAGGGAAGCAUCUCUCUCUGGACCAUCAUCUCCAAAGUCCGCCUCGAAGCUUGCAUGUGGGGUGCCGGUACGGCCAUCGGAGAGCUUCCCCCCUACUUCAUGGCCCGGGCCGCGCGGCUGUCUGGCACCGAGCCCGAUGACGAGGACUACCAGAGGUUUGAGGAUAUUCUGGACCAGACCCAGUUUGCACAGGACUUUGCCACCCGAGCAAAAGUCGCAGUGCAGAAGCUCAUCCAGAGGGUCGGCUUCUUUGGGAUUUUAGCCUGUGCUUCUAUUCCGAAUCCCUUGUUUGACCUGGCAGGAAUAACAUGUGGACAUUUCCUGGUGCCAUUCUGGACUUUUUUGGGUGCAACACUUGUUGGAAAAGCAGUCAUCAAAAUGCACAUUCAGAAACUGUUUGUGAUCGUCACCUUCAGCGGGCACAUAGUGGAGCAGAUGGUCUCCCUCAUCGGAUCUGUUCCACUGCUGGGUGCGGCACUGCAGAAGCCCUUCAGGGAGUACUUGGAGGCCCAGAAGGCCAAGCUGCACCAUCUCGCUGGAGAGGGGAUCCCAACUGAGGAGAGCUGGCUGCCGUGGCUCUUUGAGAAGGUUGUGGUCAUCAUGGUAUGCUUCUUUGUCUGCUCCAUUGUCAACUCCAUGGCCCAGAGCUACGGCAAGCGCACGCAGCAGGACAAGCACUCGGAGGGCAAAGCCGAGUGAAGGCCAGAUAGCGAUCACAGCCAACCAUCAACUUCAGAAGCUACCGACAAAUCAUUCUCAUUUCAGCGCUCCCUCCUGGCCGGUAACCCGCCACUGUCUGAAGCAAAUUGUUAGCCUCCAACUGGUUCCCCUCUUGUUAUUGUAGCAACAUGUUUAUGUUGAACUUGGACUUCCAUUCACUUGCUUUUGAAGGCUUUGCAUUUGGUAGUGAUUUCUGCAAUUGUUCUCUGCAAGGUAGGUGCUUCAUGGGACGCCACACGCGUGUGAGCUGUGUGAACGUUCAUGUCGGUGCUCUCAUCAGCUCCUGAGCACGUGAGAAGAAGCUGCUGGCCAUGACUCCCCUCAGUGAGCGAGGCCUUACGCUGCGCUGUCUGUUCCACCAGAAGAGUCACUUUAUUGGAAUAAGUUAAGAUUGUUACUUUUAAUUGUGAAGUGAAUUAUUUGUUCAAUAACCUAAAUAUGUAUUCUCUAUUUAAGCUUGUUAAUUGUUAAGACUGUGUUUAUCGCUGCACUGUAGAGUUUGUUGGUAGCAUUGGCUGCGUGUAAGAAAAGACAUGUACGUGACUUCUAAGUUGGUUGUUGUAGAGAUGUUUUUGAUAUUUCAAACUGUUCGCAGUGCUUUAGGUGACCACUUCUUUUGUGUGUGCAGUGAAGCGCAUCAAGGUACUUUUGGAUGAGAAAUGAUAAAUCGGUCAUGAAUCACCCUGCUGUUCCCUUUGUCUGCCCUUAUUGUUCUGCUUCCAGGAAGAGAGCACAUGAGUCAGCCCGGGGCUACUUUACCAGAUGCAGCCAUAGAUUGAAUCAGAUCUACGGCUGUGGUCGCGUGUAGCUGUGUUUGAGACCGGGAGUGAGAGGGAGAUAGUAGGUUGGAUUUGUGUGACCGCCACAUUUGUUGCUCUCCCUUUUAUCUUUUAUGGAUUUAAGCAGAUUGGCUCCACUAAUAGAUAGGACUGCCUGGAAGUCUUAGUAUAGCAGACAGUAGCUGCUCAUUUAACUUAGAGGCAGGCUGUGUCAUGGUAAGUGUUUUUCUUUGUCUUCACUUGUCCAUUUCAUUUUUUAAAUUUGAUUUGUUAUCCUCUUUUACCUCCGAUGAGGACGGCAAGCUUAUGUUUGACAUUACAUGAGCAUCUAUCAGCAUUUCAUAUGAUAGUGUUCUUUUUUCUUCUUUUUCUUUGCUCGGCAGAUAGUCAUCUGGCUCUCGGUAUAUGCGGUACAUUCUUCUUUUUUUAAUGUAUAAUAAAUUGCCAGAGAAAUGUGCUAUUUUCUUCUCCCUCUGUACCGCUGCUGCGCUACGUUGGACUGAGCACAGUGGGCGCUAGAGUAAGCAGAGAGGGAGGGAUUGAGAGAGAGAGAGAGGGAGAAAAAAAAGAACCCUUGAGCGCACAGUGAAAAGCGUCUGUGCCGUUACCUCAGCUGAACCUUCGAAUGAACUCGUUGCACUGCCUCAGUCACAGAGCCAGGAGACGAAUCACUCGAGUAGAUUCAAAACAGAGGGGCACUGUUGAGCAGGCUGAACCCGGUGCUCUGCACCAGCUCUAGUCAGAGCAUUCACAUCUCCUCUUUUCUCCUGUCAUGGUAAGUCGGAUCAGGGAUCCUUUUUUACAUUUUUUUAUUCUUCAUUAUUGUCAUUUCUGUUCAUGCGUACUUCUCAGUCAUGUCCGUCGCUCUCUCGGACUGUCAGAUAGCUUAUCAGACUGGUGUUGGCUGUUAAGAUUGCAAGGCGACAACAGUCUGUAGGCUGUCUGACAUUUCGGGCUCUUUCAUCUGACCAGCAUCCUGUUUUGUCCUCCUUCUGUUAUUGCCAUCAUCUCCGUUAGCAUCAGUUCCCAUUUUAGAGGUGUGUGUGCUGCGAUGUCACUUCCUUAUAUCCCAACCACUUGUGAAACGUCAGUAACAUUGGCCUAUUGUUUAUUCCCUCCAUGCUGACGUAUGUGGGUUUAUAUGUGGUUUUAUGUGGGGAACUGUGUUUUCACAUGUUUGCAAAUGCAGAUGUAGUGAUGUCAAUAGAGUACUUCUGUAUAUGCGUGUGUGUGUGUGUGAGUUGGCUUUGUCCUCUUGAAUUUCCCGAGAAUCCAGACACCUUAUUGCAACACAACACAUUGUGACACACAGUCCUAGGUAUGGUACACGCAGUGCUCACCCAGCACUCUCUUUCCCUUUCACACUUCCCUUUUCACGGUUACUGAACUUUCUUCUGUUGCUCAAUAUGCACUUUUUUGCAUUUUAUUGGAACAACUCUUUUUUUCUCUCCUUCGGUCGUGUGGCAAUUGGUAAUUAUACAAAGCUGAAAAUUAUUGCUUGACCAGCGGAUACUUUUGCCACAAAGUUUUAUUUUAGAUUUUUUUUUCUUCUCAAACAGCAAAAGGGCAAACCUUGGAUAACACUGGAAUGGCUCACUGGCUUAGAGUGUUUUUCUUGGCAGUUUCAGGAUGUCCUGUUCCAUAAGGGAGCCACCUUUUGGCAUGCCUGUCUGAAUGUGUGUGUGCAUGUUUGUCGAGAAAUUCUGUUUAUAUUUUGAAGUGCAAGUCCCUCUUUUUCUAUUAUAUCUGUACCACGGUUAUUUUAAAGGUAUGUAUGUAUGUAGUGUUUUCUCAUGUACUUUCUCUAUAAAUAAAGUUUAUUGAAAAGUG